AGCUAUCAACUUAUGUAGGCUAAAUUAGUAAAGUGGUGCUUUGUUGGUCUUCAUCAGUGGAUUAUCAGUGUAAACGAUAAAGAUGGACUGCAAAUUGUUAAUGUUGAUCAAUUUGAGGUCGGCGCGCACCAUGUGUUCAUUUAUAACUUCAGGUUCAUCGUUAGUGUAGGAAAGCUUGUCUGCGUUCCACGAUGGUGGAGCCCUGUGAGUUGCACUUGCCAUUCCUUAUCCAAUGGUUAGCCUUCAAUAGCAUCCAAUAGCAUUUCUAAAGGAAAUGUUCAGUGUGUAUGUGUGUGCGUGUGUGUGCGUGCGCGUGUGUGUGUGUGUGUGUGUGCGUGCGUGUGUGUGUGUGUGUAUGUUAGAGAGGGAACAGUGAAUUUGCAUGUGCAGAGUUAUUAGUAGGUUUGAAAAGCUAGCACUGGCUCUGCCCCGUUUCCCGCUCUGCACGGCGGAGUAGGAGGAAGUGUUUCGCUGGAAGAUGAUGACAAGAGGUCAGGCACUGCUAAUCGGCCACUGAAGAGGAGUGGAGGCGAGGCACAGACCAGGAACACAUACAUUAAUACACUUGUACCAUCACCAAUCAGCAUAGGGAUUUCCAUCUCUAUUCAAGACCACUUGGAACAUAUAUACAAGACAAACUCUUCGCAGGGGCUAUCCAGCACUGUGGCUCCGUCUCAUUUGUGCUCAUACUUAUCAACUAAGGCUUUGGCUGCAGUGUACACAGGAUGCCUCAAAAAGAAUACUAUAACCGGGCCACGUGGGAAUCUGGCGUCGCGUCCAUGAUGCAAAACAAGGUGUAUGACUAUAACGAAGGUCACAGCGGAGUGAAUCAGCUCGGCGGAGUGUUCGUCAACGGCAGACCCCUGCCCGACACCACCAGACAGAAAAUAGUCGAGCUUGCUCACAGUGGCGCGCGGCCGUGCGAUAUAUCCAGGAUUCUGCAGACCCAUGGUGAUGCAAAAGUUCAAGUGCUGGACAAUGAAAACGUGUCAAACGGCUGUGUGAGUAAGAUUCUGGGCAGAUACUAUGAAACCGGCUCCAUCCGACCAAGGGCGAUCGGGGGUAGCAAACCAAGAGUAGCAACUCCCGAGGUGGUCGGAAAAAUUGCAGUAUACAAGAGGGAGUGCCCUUCAAUCUUCGCGUGGGAAAUUCGUGACAGACUGCUAUCCGAGGGGGUCUGCACAAACGAUAAUAUACCCAGUGUAAGUUCAGUGAGUGUGUCGUCGAUAAACAGAGUACUGCGCAACCUGGCUAGCGAGAAGCAACAGAUGGGCGCAGAUGGCAUGUAUGAGAAGUUGAGAAUGCUGAACGGUCAGACUGGGACGUGGGGGACCCGGCCGGGCUGGUACCCCGGAACCUCAGUGCCAGGACAGCCCAACCCAGAUGGUUGUCCACAGUCAGACGGUGGAGGUGAGAACACUAAUUCAAUAAGUUCGAAUGGAGAAGACUCGGAUGAGACCCAAAUGAGACUUCAGCUCAAAAGAAAACUGCAAAGGAACCGCACUUCGUUCACACAAGAACAGAUAGAAGCGCUUGAGAAAGAGUUUGAAAGAACUCACUAUCCAGAUGUUUUCGCAAGGGAAAGACUUGCUGCAAAAAUUGACCUCCCAGAGGCCAGAAUACAGGUGUGGUUUUCAAAUAGAAGGGCAAAGUGGAGGAGGGAGGAGAAACUACGGAAUCAAAGACGACAAGCCAGUAACUCCUCCAGUCACAUCCCUAUCAGCAGCAGUUUCAGCACCAGUGUCUACCAGCCCAUCCCACAGACCACAGCACCAGGUUGGAUGUCGUUCUCGUCAGGAUCCAUGUUGGGAAGACCAGACACAGCCCUUACAAACACAUACAGUGCCCUGCCACCUAUGCCAAGCUUCACCAUGGCCAACAACCUGCCUAUGCAAGCCCCUGUGUCCAGCCAGACCUCCUACUCCUGCAUGCUGCCCACCAGUCCCUCAGUCAAUGGACGGAGCUAUGACACGUACACCCCUCCUCAUAUGCAAGCACAUAUGAACAGCCAAUCAAUGGCUGGUUCAGGAGGCAACUCAACAGGUCUCAUCUCUCCUGGAGUAUCUGUUCCUGUUCAAGUCCCAGGCAGUGAAGCAGACAUGUCGCAGUACUGGCCCAGGCUACAGUAGAGACUUUCAACGUGUGACUCCUUGGAUAUUGUCUCGAAAGAAGAAGCUGUCCGGCAGUAUUUUAUAACAGAACUGAGAAAAUACUCUAAAAGAGACUAUUUUGUACUGGGAUUGGGCCAUUCUCUAUCAUUCUUUGGCCACAAAGACUUGAAGAAGAAAAAAAGAGAAAGGACUUCUGUAAAGUGCCCGGUGUAACAUCGUAAAUGGGGGAAAAAAACUAGCUGUUUUCAGUUUCCAACUUAUGUCAUUUUUGGUGUAUUUGUAUAUGGCCAGUUGUAUGUCAUGAUGAAAAAAGAACAACGUGGAUGGACAGUGAAACUGAGUUGGUCCUUGCUUCUGCUGAAAAGAAGAUCAUUUGUGAAGAAUUUCCUUCCAUGAAUAAUUUUUAUCAAUGUAUAUCAAGAAGCUCUCCCAGUCUGUGUACAGAAUGUGGACUCUGGUGAAACAAGUUUGUGUCAUUCCAGGUACCAGUUGGGUAUGAGAAGCCUGUUUCUCUAUUCUUUUCUUUUCAAAAGCUUGCUGGCAGAAACAUUGUAAAUGGAAAGCAUUAACCGCUGAAAUGGAGUUAAAAAAAACUUUUGGUAGCUAAAAACGGUAGAUUGUGUCUUCGAUAUAAUUCAGUUUGUUAUGUCGAAAUGUAAGUAUUUGUCUUCCCUAGCAGUCUCCCGGAACAAUUUCUAUAAUAAAGUUAAUUUCAUUUAUA